CGUUCUCAAACAGAAAGAAACGAAGAAGAAAUCUGAACGACGAAAAUAGAUGGAUGGGAAGGAACCCUAGAAAUCCCAAAUUCUGAGAAACCCCCAAAUUUCCCAAAUCAAAAGAGAAAUUAAGGAAGAAAUCAUUUUUCUUGUUUCCGUUCUCUCUCUCACAUACUUGCUUUUACAUUUUCUUUUUUUUUUUUUGGAUUUUGGUUUUUGUUUUGGUUGUUUUCAGGAAACAACGAACACCGAUUCCAGCACUGGGUCUCUUUGUUCCAAUUGGGAGAAGCUCUAUACAGAUUUAGCUUUCUCAUCUGUUUUGUGGGUUUGCUUCUUCAUAGAUGCUGAUGCUUUCUCUAAUGGUGGGUUUUGCGUUGUCAAAUUAGGGUUUUCAAUUUGUUCGCUCCCCUUUCUUUGUAGGCCUUUUGAUUUUUCGUCGCGGCUGCCGAUCAAGCGCUCAUUCGUCAGAACAUCAUAUAGAGGGAAGAAGAAGAAGAAUGAUUAAGUACGGGUUGAACCUAAGGGGGCAGCAGAAGAAGCAGCCGACAAGGCCUCCUGUCCCUAAACCUCUGGGUUUUGAUGACAAUGACGACGACAAUGAUGUUGAGAAGGAAAUAUCUCGCCAGGCUUCCAAGAACAAAUCUCUCAAGGAUAUUGAGGAACAGCAGAGGAAGGCACUGGAGCAGGAUCCGUCGGUGUUCGACUACGAUGGAGUUUAUGACCAGAUGAAACAGAAAGCCAUCCAACCUCGGGUGCAAGAUCGUCAAGAGAGAAUGGCAAGGUAUAUUCCUGGUAUACAGAGAAAGGCAGAAGAACGAAAGCGAGAGCAGGAGAUAAUAUACGAGAGAAAACUACAGAAAGAGAGAAACCAAGAGGAUCACCUCUAUGCAGACAAGGAACGCUUUGUCACAGGUGCUUACAAAAAGAAACUUGCAGAGCAAGCAAAAUGGGCAGAGGAAGAUCGACUGCGUCAACUUCGGGAGGAGAAAGAUGAUGUUACCAAGAAGAAAGACUUGACUGAUUUCUACUUCAACCUUCAAAAAAAUGUUGCUUUUGGUGCAGAAAAUGUGAAGUCCAGGAAGCUAGAGAAGCAGGAGGAAUUAAGCAGGCCGGAUAAACAUGAAGAUAGAGAUAGACCAAUUACUGUAGCAUUGGAGCCAUUGGGGCCUUCCAGUGUGAGAGAGGGGCAUCUAGAGAAGCAGACCGAAUCAGGCAAGCCAGACAAACUUGAAGACAGAGUAAUCGCUGCAGCAUCAGUGCCGUUGGAGUCUCCCAGGGUGAUAGAGGGACAUCAAGAUGAAAGAUUAACCAAGUCUAAACGUCGUGAUGAGCUCUCUGAAGAAAAGCAAGCUUCAAAUGCAUCAGCACAGGAAAAACCGUCAGUUGAACAGCCGCCAGAAAACCAACCGAGUAGUAAUCAUCAUAAAAGAAGUGCAGAUGACGUGGCUGCAGCAAGAGAACGCUAUCUAGCAAGGAAGAGACCUAAAGAACCAUAGAAUUUCUGCUUGUCAUGAAUGUUUGUAAAGGCUGAACGAAAGUAAUGUUUGAUACCGGGAGGGAUGCAAUUUCGGAUCCGAUAAUGCACUGUCUAUUGUAUGUUCUUGUGUGUUUUGUUUAAACGUUUCACCAUUUGACUGGAUCAUGUUAGGUGAUAAGAUGAAUAAAAGAAUGAUGGUUGGUACA